UCCCUAGGCCUUCAAAACAUACUAGCAAUAGUCUACGGGCCCAUAUCUACCUAUACGUGUCCCCCAAGAGCUCAUACGCACCUUCAGUCGUCCACGCGAGAAUUCGCUCAUACGCGAUUUCACGAUUUUCGUGUCAUCAUAUUCUUCAUCUUCUUCUUCUUCUUCUUCUUCUUCUUCUUUAAACCCGCUAUCUCCUUACCAGUACCAGUUCAAGCAGUGAUUUUUUCACUGAAGGUCUCCAAUUUUGCCGGAGGUGUGCACGGACAUCAAGCGAUCGUUUCUUUCUUGCCGCUAGUCACUACGGUAGAUCAUGGAGCUCUUCCAUGGUCGACCAGAACAACGCCAUUUGCUGCUUACUCAGCAUCAGUG